GCUGCUAAACAACGCUUCCCGCCGCCGUCAGAACCAGCACUUUCAUCGCCGGACUGACGAAUUCUUUCCAAAGUGAACCGGAGAAAAUGGGGUUGCUGGCAGCCAUUGGGGUGCUGGCGCCAUUCCCGUUCUACUACUGGCUGUGGACAAAUCCGCAUUCAUGGGUCAACCUUUGUGGGAGAGGAAGGGAUCCAUCAAGGGUGAUGGCACUCGUCUCGCAUUUCUUGAAGCUGGUGCAGUUCAUCUCUCUCUUUUCUGUGUCUUCUCUCUCAUGGCCUCCGCCCCUCUACUUCUGGCCCCUUAUUGCCUUUGGUCAGUUCCUCAACUUCAGGGUCUAUCAGUUGCUUGGUGAAUCUGGCACUUAUUAUGGUGUUCGUUUUGGAAAGAAUAUUCCCUGGGUAACAAAAUUUCCAUUCGGGUAUAUCAAGGAUCCUCAAUAUGUUGGAAGCAUUUUGAGUCUUCUUGCCUGUUGGUCUUGGGUACCUUUGCAAUACAUUCUCCUCUGGUCACUUGGCUAUGUGUUUAUGAUCCAUCUGGAAUCAACUGAAAUUCCAGCUACCCGUGCAAAGCCUCUCUCUUGAUUACAAGACUUAUAGCUUGACCAAUCAGGGGCUUGGCUGAAAAAGCUGGCCAAAGAUGCUUUCUGUAUCUUUAUUUUAGCCGGAAGACAUCUUCAUUUGAAAUUCUUGUUUUUUUACUUCCAUCUAACUUUGUUCCUCACCAGGUCUUAUUCUUUUUAUGCUCUAGGUGUCUGUUUAAUGUCAUUAACAUUUUGUAAUGUCUGUUGAAUAAUUUAGUUGCAGUUCA